CAAAACUACUCUUUUCCAAAAAAAGAUUAAAACAUGGGAUGCGAUGGCGGAACUAUUCCUAGGCGCGACGAGCUAGUCCGCGUGAAACAGAAGCCCGAACAGAAAGACAAAGACGCUGAACGAGAAUUCCGGUGGCGUCAUUGCUCUCUUACCCAGCAAAGCCUGCAGGAACCGAUUGCCAUGUGCGGCAUGGGCAGGCUAUACUCCAAACAGAGCGUCAUCGAACGCCUACUGGAAAAGGAAAAGAUGCCUGAGGCGUCGGCGCACAUUAAGAGCUUGAAGGAUAUUAAGCAGUUGCAGCUGACUGCAAAUCCCGCCUUCACCGAGGAGGACAAGACAGAAGGGCUACUGGACACACGUCAUGCUCCCUAUAUCUGCAAGCUAAUCGGCUUAGAGAUGUCCGGAAAGUUCCGUUUCGUGGCCCUUUGGAGCUGCGGGUGUGUGAUGUCCGAGCGCGCUCUGAAGCAAAUCAAAGGAAACUCGGCCAGUACGUGUCCCUUGUGCCAAAAGCCCUAUAGUGUCGAGGAUGUGGUGGUGCUCAAUGGCAACGAUGAGGAUCUUGAACUAAUGCGCGUUAAGAUGGAAAUGCGAGCAGCCAAGCGAAAGUCCUCCAAGAAAGACAAGAAAGAGGCCCAAAAAUCUGAAAUCAAAACCGAGAAGCCGGAGGAGUCAUCAGAGGCCGUAGUGGCCUCCACUUCUAAGUCUGUCCCUGAGAAACCAUCGACCAGCUCAAAGGUAAAGGCAGUAGCCAACCCCAAGCGUCUGGGAGCCGUUAACGCCAUGCAAGAUCCCGAAUUAAAGCGUCUCAAGACCGACUUCAGUGUGGCGAAGGACCCGAAGGCCAGCGACGUAUACAAAUCCUUGUUCACAUCUCACAAAACAGAGAAAGAGCAAGAUCGUGCCCACUGGGUUACUUACAAUCCCUUUUACAAUUAGUUUUUAAGUUUCAGUUUAAGUUUGCCCUUUUCCUUCAGUCACUUGGGAACUUGUACGUAGCCUAAACGAUUAAAACAGACACACAGAAAAAAGUA